AUGAUUCCAGAUGGAAGCUCAGAGAUACAGGAAGUAAUGAAGAGCAAUGGAAAGCAUUUGUUCAGUGCUCAGCACAGAAGCUUGACCAGACAGAGUAGACGUCGGAUAUGUACCAGUAGUUUGAUGGAACGUUUCUUGCAGGACGUACUGCGACAUCACCCAUAUAAUUAUCAAGAGAACAGAGGAGCACAAAAUGAGAUGUCUAUGAAUGCUGCAUCACCUGAAGUGGUUCAUUUGGAAGAUUUCUUUUCUGAAGAAUAUGCUCAGGACACUCCUGAAACCAUAGAAGAAGAAACACUCUCUGAGAGUUCUGAUUCUGUUGAAGAGUUGACUUCUGAACCUAGUGAUCAAUCACAGGAGCCUGUAAGGGAGAUAUCAAUUCGACCAUCAGUUAUUCAAAAACUGGAGAAGGGACAGCAGCAGUCCUUGGAGUUUGUUCCUAAAAUUGAGAGUGGUGGUAUGAAAAGAAUAAAUCCAGUAGAUAUUGGUCAAGCUACAAAUAGUGGAAAAAAUCCAGUACGUCCCCCAGUGAUUUGUAAUGCUCCUGCCAGUUGUUUACCUGAGAGGUCUUAUGAUAGGCCAGUUGCGACUACUACUGCUAGGUUACCACUAGCAGUCCACUUGGAUUCAGUUAGCAAAUGUGACCCAAACAAAGCUCACACACACCUUGAACAGCUAGACAUGGUCUCUAGAAAUCCUGUGCCAUCAGCCCUUGUAGGAACUUCAGUUUCAUAUAAGAAUCCUAAAGAAUCAAAUAGGAAACCUUUAUGUGUAAAUUCAGAUAAGUUGGUUUUACAGAAAGAAGUAAAAUCUCAGGGUGAAUUGUCACCUGGCUUUAAAUUCUGUGAACUUAAGGGUACUGAAAAUUCUGUAAGAGUUAAAUCUUCUUCCAGAUUAGCAUCUAACUUGGCAGGAAAUCUGAACAAAACUGACAAGCCUUCUGAUAGAGGAGUCUUUGGAGAUGCCAUUCCAAAGCACCAUGAGGAAUUUCUUUCAAACAUGGAUUGUAGCCAAGAAGAAGAGCAUUUGGUUUUUAAGAAGUCAUCAUUUUUGAAACAAAAGUUCUCACUGAGUUCUGAAGUGAAGUUUGAUUGUGGUCCUCUUCAGUCAGCAGCUGAUCAAUCCCAAGAGGCUGUCCAAGACUUAAGCCUUUGGAAGGAAGAGCGAGUUGACCAAGAAGAUGAGAACUAUGAAUCUAGAGGUUCUGAAAUGAGUUUUGAUUGUGGUUCCUCCUGUCAUUCACUGACUGAUCAAUCUGAAAUGUCUGAUAGAGAAAUAAACCUUUUAGAGGAAACACAUGCUGAUUUAACACAUAAGAAUAAGAAAUCUUGUGUUUCUGAAAAAAUUUCUGAUCGCAAUGAUUCUCUUCAGGCAGUUACCAGGCAAUCACAAGUGAUUGUUAAAGAAGAAGGUCUUCAGAAUACAGCGCGUAUUAGCCUGGUUGACGAAAGCUAUGAUACUAGUGGUUCUGAAAUGAAUUCUGAUUAUGAUGAAGACUUACCUCAGUCAGCUAAAAAGUACCGCCAACAGCCUGUGAAAGAAGUAGACCUUCCUCAGGAAGUUCACAUUAGUUUGGUUGAUAGGGACUAUGGAUGUACUAGCUCUGAAUCAAGUGCUGAUUCCAUUUUCUCACUUGAGUCAGUGGUUGAUGAGUCCUCAGUGGUUGUUACAGAAAAACAAGUUUGGAAGAAGGCUCACGUUAGGUUGGUUGAUGCAAGCUAUGGAUCCAGUUGUUCUGAAUCAAGUUUUGAUUGUGAUGCUUCACCUCAGUCAGUAGUUGACCAACCUCAAAUGACUGUCAAAGAAAAAAAACUGAAACACAGACACGUCCACCUAAAAAAUAAGAAACGUAAACCCAGUCGUGCUAAAGCACAUCUUGAUUGUGGUGUUUCUCUUGAGACAGUGGCUGAUGAACCCCAGAGGGCUGUUGAAGAAAAAAAUCUUCUGAAAGCGAAGAAUGCUGACCUUGUGGAUAUGAACUGUGAGUCUCAUGGUCCUGAAAUGGGUUUUCAUGCUGAUGCUCAAUUAGUGGCUGAUGAAUCUCAAGUAGCAGUUAAAGAAGUAAACCCUCAGAAAGUAGAUAAUGACCUAGAGAAUAAUAAGAGUAUUCCAUCUAGCAUUUCUUAUCUAAGUUUCGAUUCUCAUGCUUUUUUUUAUCAGUCAGCUAAUGAUCAACCUCAAGGGGCUUUGGGUGAAGUAAAUCUUAAAGAGUUAAAUGUCGACAUGGAAGUUAAGAGCUAUGGGUGCUCCAGUUCUGAGUUGACAUUUGAUUCCGAUUCCCCUCUUCUGUCAGUUACUGAGCGGUCUCAGCUGGAUGUUGAAAGAAUAAAAGAAGACAUUAACCUGGAAGAUGAGAGCUGUGAGUCAAAUAGUUCUGACAUAACUUUUGAUUCUGAUAUUCCUGAUUGCUCAGUAGUUGACCAACCUGAAGUAGCUGUUGGUGAGGAGGAACCUGUUGAUCUGGAAAAUAAAAGUAAUGAAUCUUGUAUUUCUGAAAUAACUUUUGAUUCUGAUAUUCCCCUUCAUUCAGGAAAUGAUCAUCCUGAAGUAGCUGUUAAAGAAGUAAUCAUUCAGGAAGAAGAAUACGUACAUUUAGAAAGGAAGAAUGACAAACUCAUUGAUUCUGAAAUAAAUUUGGAUUCUUAUGCCCCUCUUCAUUCAGUGACUAAUCCUCCCGAAGUAGCUGAUAAAAAGCUAAAUCCUCAAAGAGAAGAGCAGGUACUCUUUAAAAAUAAGGAAAAUGAGCCUGCUGAUUCUGAAUUAAGUUUGGCUUAUCAUACCAUUUUUCCUUCAAUGACUGGACAUUCUGAAGAUCCCUUUAAAGACAUAAACUUUGAGAAAGAAGUGCAUGUACCCUUUGAAAAUAAGACUAAUGAAUUAAGUGCUUCUGAAACAAGAUUGGAUUCUGAUAUCCCUCUUCAGUCAGUGAUUCAGAAACCCACAGUAGUUGUUAAAAAUAUAUGGCUUCAAAAAGAAAAGUAUGCUGAAUUCCAAGAUAAAAAUGCUGAACUUACUGAUUCUGAAAUAAAUUCAGAUUCUGAUAUUCCUCAUUAUCCUAUGGCAGAACCUCAAGUAGCUGUUAAAAGAAAAGAGAAAAAGAAGCAUAUUGUAGAAAAGAGUCGAAGUACUGUACUUAAAUGUUUUGGAAUAAAUGUGAAUAUUGAUGCCUCUCUUCAUUCAAUCACUGACCAACCUCAUCUGGCCCUUUUGAAGGAAAAACAUGUUGAUCUGAAAGAUGAAAGUAGCACACCUAGUACUUCUAAAAUACAUUUCAAUCUUGUUGACCCUCUUCAGACACUACCUAAACGUCCUGAAGUAAUUAAGAGCACAAACCAAUGGAAGGAAGAGACUAUGCACCUGGAAAAUAAGAUUGAUGAACCUAGUGGUUCAAAGGCAGUGCGUAAUACUGAUAUUUCUCUUCAGUCUACAGCCAACCCACCUGAAGUAGCUAUUAAACAAGUAAACCUUGCGAGUGAAGAUCAAAUGUAUUUGGAAAGUAAGAAUAGUCAAUAUAAUUCUGAAAGAAGUUUGGAUUCUGAUUUCUUGGUUCAGGAAGUAGUCAGUCAACCUCAAAUAACUACUUUAGAGCCAGAGCACUUUGAAGUAGAAGGCAAGCACAGUCAGUCUUGUGAUUCUGAAGUAAGUUUUGAUUCUGAUGACUCUCUUCAAUCAGUGGCUGACCAGCUCGGGGAAACUGUUAAAGAAAUAAGUCAUUGGAAGGAUGAAGACAUUGACAUGGAAGAUAAGAGGGAUGAAGCCAAGAGUUUUAAAACUAUAUAUGAUUCUGAUGUACUUAAGCCAGCAGCUGACCAAACUGAAGAAGUAGUUCCAGGGAUGAACCUUUGGAAAGAACAUGUUGACUUGGGAGAUAAAAUUGUUAAUCCUAGUGACAGAGUGACAGAAAAGAAAAUAAAUUUUGAUUCUGACAAAACUCUUCAGUCUGUGACUAAAAUUCAAGAGCCUGCUAAAGAAAUAAAUCUUUCAAGAGAAGGACAUGUUUGUCUGGAUGAUAAGGUCUAUGAACCUUGUGGUUCUAGAAUAAUUUAUGUUUCAAAUAUCCCCUUUCAAUCAGUGAUUCAGGGACCACAAAUUUUGGAAGAGAGGCCUGCUAAUUUGGAAGUUAAGAACAGUGAUCCUUGUGGUCCUGAAAUACGUUUUGAUUCCAGUGAUUCUUGUCAGUCAGUGGCUGGCCAGUUGCAAAAAUCUAUCACAGAAAUCAAUCUGAAGGAAGACCAUAUUUACCUGGAAGAUAAGAGCUAUAAACUGGUUGAUUGUGAGGCAUGUUAUGAUUCUGAUGUUCCUGUUCAGUUUGUAGCAGAUCAAUCUCAUGUGUCUGUCAAAGAAAUAAACUUGCAAAAGGAAGAUCAAAAUGACCUAGAAGAUAACAACUACACACCCUGUUGUUCUGAAAUAAGAUGUGAUUCUGGUGUUCAUCUGCAGUCAGAAGUUGACCCGUCUCAAAUGACUUACAAAGAAACAACCUUUCAGAAGAGAGAACUGCUUGGCAUGGAAGAAAAGUCCAGCGAACCAAGUGAUUCUGAAAUGAUGUCUGAUUCUGAUGUUUCUUUUCAAAUAGUAGUUAACUCAUCAUCCCAAACGUCAGAUGGAGAAUCAGAUUCUCCACCAGUGGUGUUUGUGGAUGUGAUGGCCAGUGAUAGUGAUUGUGACCGUGAAGUAAUAUCUGAUUCUAAUGUUCCUCUUGAGUUAGUGACUGACCCACCUCCCAUGACUAUCCCAGAAACCAGCUGUAUAAAUACAGAGUCCAUUGAUGUUGGAAAUAACUACUGUAACUACUGUGGUUCUCAACUAAGAAGUGUUUUGGAAGCCUCUUCUCACUCAGUGGCAAGCCAACCCAAGAAGUCUUUCAAAAUAAUAAACCGGAAGAAUGACUAUAUUAUUCUGGGAGACUCAACUUGUCAGUCUUGUGGUAAUGAAAUAGAUUUUAGUGGUGAUGCCUCUGAUCAGUCCAUGACUUACCAGUCACAAGGACCUGAUAGAAGUAUUGACUCAGAAGAUAAGAGUUGUGAAUAUAAUCGUACUGAAAGAAAUUUUAAUUUGGAAAGCAGUACUCAAUCAGUGACUCAUCAAGUACAGCAAACUGACAAGGAAGACAACCUUUGGAAAGAUCAAAAAGAUAAAAGCUGUGAGUCUAAUGUUUCUGCAACGGGCUCCACUUCCUCUUCUACAUCAGUGAUCUGUCAAACUACAGUUAGAAAAAGUGCUUUAAAGUCAAAACGUAGAGAUCAAGAAAGUUGUAAAUCUUGUUUUGAGAGGGGUUUUCAGUGUGAUCCCUCUCAUCAUUCUGACUCUAACCAGCCUGGAGAAGCUGUUAAAAAACGCCCAGUUAAGAGGGUAACUUUUGACUUAGGAGAAAAGAGUCGUGAUUCCCAAUCAGGCUCUGCUCCCAAGACUGGUUCUGGAAGGAACCUGGGAAAAGACAAGGAGGUCAUGGAUGAUCUUGAUGCACCAGUUAUUGAGGCCUUAUCACAGAUACUUCCUUCAUCUCUGGGAAGAAAGUGGUCUCGAAUAAUAAGAGAAAAUCACUCAAAAAUUAAUGCCCUUAUGAAGGAUUUUAAGGAAGGUCAUUUCCGCUGUUACUUUAAUAAUGAAGCUAAGACCCAAAUCAUUACUUUGUAUAAAGAAAGACACAUUGCCUGGCCUAUCUUUAAUCAGACCACUGCAUCAGUUCAAACUGUGUCAAGUUUUGAAGAUAUUGCAGGUGGAUUUUCAGACAUUGAUGACUGUGUAGUGGCUGUAGAGAAACCAAACUGUCAUUAUCCUCUAGCAGAGAGGCUUCUUUCUAAACAGAAUUUGUUUGUGGCUUCUCAGAGCCAGAUAGAAAAAGUUAGCCAUGGAACUCAAACCAGUUUUAUAAGUUACCCAUUGAAGAAAAGAAAAAUAGUUAGACUAGAGGUAGAAUCACCAAAAAAAAAGUGUGUGCAGAGUGACGGAAAAGAGAAAAAAAUCAUCAAAAUUGGGACAGUUGAAUUGCCUGGAUCACAAAUUAAAGUUUUGGAGCCUGGACAACCCAAACCUGUAAUUCGUAUUCUUACUUCUAUAAAUAUUAAACCGAAGGAAGAUGAAUCCUGCGACUCACCUAAAGUGAACCAUUGUGUUUGUGAUAAUGAUCUACAGUUUCUGUGCAAAUAUAAACAGAGUAACCAUAAUUGCCCAUCACUUCUGAAAAUUGUAAAUAAUUUUCCAUCAAACGUGGUAAUAUCAGAGUCUGACAUAUGUUGUAAAUGUCACAUUCAUCAUGAGAGUGACUUAAACUCUAGUGAGGGAGACAGUGAUGCUGUACAAAACCAUGCUUCAACAUCUCAAAUGAUAAUACCAGCAAGAUAUGAAUUGAGGUCACGUUGUAGGACCAGUGAAUCUUCUACAUUUCUAGAAACUUCAGAGGCUGUAAAUGCUAGUGAGUUUCCAGAGGAAGGUAGUUUCCAGCUAACUCUUUUAAGUCGUGAUGUUGCCAAAAUCUCUCCAAAACCAGUUAAAUAUGAGUUUUUAGAAAGUAAAAGGAAAAAGAAAAUUCAAAGAAAGAAUGUUAUGAGAAACCCAAGCUUUCCCAAAAAGGUGUUUAAAGCAGUUAUUCUCCAUCAGAAUGCCAGAACAGCUUCAGAAAAAUGGUCAGUUUGGAUUCGGACCAAAGCAAAUGACAUAAUUAGAAAAUAUAUUUCAAAAUACUCUGCUUUUCUGCGUCAUAGGUACCAAUCCAGGACCACUUUAUUUAGAAUGCAUCUUAAGAAGAAAAAAUCAGGUGCCAGUAGGCUAGAGGAGGUGGAUAAAUCAACUCAAACACUUUCGGACACCUCAGUUACACCAGCUGGUGCUAAAGAGAAGUUAAGGGCUAUCGUGAGUCCUCUGAAGCAGCCUGCACAGCGCACUUCCCGUGCUGUAGGAAGACGAAGAAAGAAGGCUAAGAGAAGAAAUCGCCGCAAAAAGAAAAGGCCUAUACCUGUUAGAGAAUAUGAUUUGAGAAGUUCGUGUUACAUACCAGAUUCUGAUAGAAUGGUGACUCGGCUUGCAAGCAAAAUGAAAAGUAAUGAGGUAAAAUAG